CCGCCCCGCCCCGGGCGCGCGUCCCGAGCCCCACCCGCGCGCCCGGCAGGAAAGGGCGGGCCUGCGCUGCCGCCCAAGCUCGCUCCAGCCGUCCGACUCUGGGCUGGGACCGCGCGUGACCGGCGCCGCGAGCGAGAGGCAGGAGCGCGCGCCCGGGCCAGUGAAGGGCUCGGGGAUGGACUGCGGCUCGGUCGGCGGCCAGAGGACCCAGCGCCUGCCCGGCCAUCGGCGGCUUCUGUUCUUGCCCGCGGGCCUCAGCGGAAGACCGGGAGGCUGCGAAACCUCAGCACGCCGCUGCCUCUCUGCGCUCUGCGACGGUCUGGGGGCGCUGCGCCCUCGCGCCCCGGCGACCCGCGGUUGCGUGUCACGUGCCUCGCCGCUACUCCUUCUCCUGCUAGUGCCCUCCCCGCGCUUGGCCGCCGCAGCCCCGCGCCGGCAGCUCGGGGACUGGGAGCGCUCGCGCCUCGGGUAUGCCGCACCCCCGGCCGGCCGCAGCGGCGCAUGGAGGUGCCCACCGGGCCUCGGUCCGGGCGUCGCCGCUGCCGCCGGCGCCCUUCCCCAGUGCAAAGGCCCGGCGCCUGCACUUGUUUCCUGCAGGAGAGAGCUAAGCCUGUCUGCUGGACACCUGCAGCUGGAGCGCAGGAGAGAUUUCACCUCUUCUGGGAGUAGGAGGCUCUACUUUGACACUCAUGCCUUAGUGUGCUUACUGGAAGACAAUGGGUUUGCUACUCAACAAGCAGAAAUUAUUGUGUCUGCACUGGUCAAGAUCCUGGAAGCCAACAUGGACGUCGUCUACAAAGAUAUGGUCACCAAGAUGCAGCAGGAAAUCACUUUUCAGCAAAUAAUGUCUCAGAUUGUGAAUGUGAAAAAGGAUAUGAUUAUUUUGGAGAAGAGUGAAUUUUCAGCCCUCAGAGCAGAAAAUGAGAAAAUAAAACUCGAACUACAUCAGUUAAAACAACAAGUAAUGGAUGAAAUGAUCAAAGUCCGAACAGAUACCAAAUUAGACUUCAACCUAGAAAAGAGCAGAGUAAAAGAAUUGUAUUCAUUGAACGAAAAGAAGCUGCUGGAAUUGCGAACAGAAAUAGUGGCAUUGCAUGCCCAGCAAGAUCGGGCCCUUACCCAGACAGAUAGGAAGAUCGAAACUGAGGUUGCUGGCCUCAAAACCAUGCUUGAGUCACACAAGCUUGAUAAUAUUAAAUAUUUAGCAGGGUCUAUAUUUACAUGCCUAACAGUAGCUCUGGGAUUUUAUCGCCUGUGGAUCUAAUAAAGUGUCUAUUUAAAGAGA